AUCAAUAACACGCUCUUAUUAUCGCAAUUCUGUGGGUGGCUUACUAGUGUUUGACAUCACAAAUCGACGAUCUUUUGAACAUGUGAAAGACUGGCUAGAAGAAGCAAAAAUGCAUGUGCAGCCCUUUCAGAUUGUGUUCCUGUUAGUAGGACAUAAAUGUGACUUAGUGUCACAGCGUGAGGUUACAAGAGAAGAAGCUGAAAAACUGUCAUCUGACUGUGGUAUGAAAUAUAUAGAAACUUCAGCAAAAGAUGCCACGAAUGUUGAAGAGUCCUUUACAAUUCUUACACGAGACAUCUAUGAACUUGUAAAAAAAGGAGAAAUCUCAAUACAAGAUGGAUGGGAAGGUGUCAAGAGUGGCUUUGUUCCAAAUGUUGUACAUUCGUCAGAAGAAGCUGUAAAGCCCAGAAGACAGUGCAUCUGCUGAAUUUGUAGCAUGCCAAAGAGCACAUCGGGUGUUCAGAAGAUGAUGCCAUCCUAAAUAACAGAAUAAUUUUGAAACAAUAUUAGAUCAUGACAUAGCUGAAUCGUAGAACCGUAAUUUGGUUUUGUAUCCUUCUGUCUAGGUCAUAACUUCAUAAAACUUUAAGUGCUUUUUUUUCUUUUCAGAGAAUGAUAACUUUGUGUGGUCUUCAGGAAAAGAAAUUAUAUAUUGCUAAAGGAAAAACUAAUCCUAUAGCAAGACACUGAGAAAGCGCAAUAAUCAUCGUGACAACAUCCUCUCUUAGGCUUUGUAUUUUGAAUACUGUUUAAAAUCAAGGCUUGCUAGGAGAGGAUCAGAUGAGCUCAUUACUUUUGUUCAUUCUGCCUUAGUUUUGGACAAGAAAAUAUUAUACCUUAUACUUUUUUAAUGUGAUUCUUUACUCAAGUGCAGGGUUGCUAAUGACCAUUAAAGUUUAGAAUGCUGUAGAAUUUCAUAAUAAAGAUAACUAAAGAAAGCAA